AGGGAGGCUCCAUGUCGCGGCGGGCCCUGAGGCGGCUGCGGGGGGAGCAGCGGGGCCAGGAGGAGCCGGGCUUGGGCGAGCUGGGCCUGGACACCAGCCUCCAGAGUGGCCCGGAGGAGCCCCCGCCAGCCGCUGAGGGGAGGGGGCGCCGCGGCCCGGCCCGCGCCGGUGUCAGCAACCGCUUCGAGCUGAUCACUGCUGAGGAGCCUGAGGAUGAGCCACCACCCAGAGCGGAGCGAGGGGCUGCCAGGAUCAACGAGCAGGACACGGCAGGAGGGGACAAGGCUGGGGCUGUGACGGAAGAGGCGGAAGGCGACGGGCAGAGGGAUGGGGAGGAGGCAGAGUCGGACCAGAUGCCUGUGUUGAGUAACAAGCCACGGAAGAAAAAAAAGAAAAGGAAAACCAAGAAAUCUGCAGCAGGGGAGACUAUGGAAGACAAGGAGCUGGGAGACAUCGACAGCCUGCUGGAGAGGAGUGAGGAUUCCAACGGGCUGUGCCAGCAGAGCCAGGGCGGGAUCAUCGCUGACAGCCGGCCCCUGCUCUACGUAGAGCACAGGAACUUGAACCCAGAGAAUGAGUUGAAGAGAUACUUUGGGGCUCGCGCUGUUCUUGGUGAUCAGAGGCCGAGGCCGCGGCAGCGGCAGCACGUCCGCAGCACCUGGCUGACAGCCCCCAAGAACACGUGGCCACGCUACAGCAAAACAGGUAUCACCAUGCAGCUGGUGGACACCAGGAGGGGAGUGCGGUUCUUCGCCUUCGAGCACCACCGCGAGUACCAGCAAGUGCAGUUCAAGUUCCUGGACGCCGUAGAGUCCAUGGACCCCAACAACAUUGUGCUGCUGCUUCAGAUGAACCCCUACCACGUGGACUCCCUGCUGCAGCUCAGCGACGUGUGCCGCAUGCAGGAGGACCAGGAGAUGGCCCGUGAUCUCGUAGAGCGGGCGCUGUACAGCCUGGAGUGCUCCUUCCACCCCGUCUUCAGUCUGACCAGUGGGACCUGCCGGCUGGACUACCGGCGGCCAGAGAACAGGGCUUUCUUCCUGGCCCUCUUCAAGCACCUGAUGUUCCUGGAGAAGAGAGGCUGUCCCCGGACGGCCCUGGAGUUCUGCAAGCUGAUCCUGAGCCUUGAUCCAGAGAACGACCCCCUGUGCAUGCUGCUGAUGAUUGACUUUCUGUCCCUCCGAGCCAGAGAAUACACCUUCCUGAUCCGCAUGUUCCAGGAGUGGGAGAAUCACCAGAAUUUGUCCCAGCUGCCCAAUUUUGCCUUCUCGGUGCCGCUGGCCUAUUUCUUCCAGAGCCAGCAGGAAGAAAGUGAGCCAGAGCUGAGCCAAGCCCGGGAGAGAGCCUCCCAGCUCAUCCAGCUGGCCUUGAUCAUGUUCCCAGGCGUUCUGAUGCCGUUGUUGGAUCACUGCAGUGUGCAGCCUGAUGCCAGGGUCAUGUUCCAUCCCUUUUUUGGGCUGAAUGCUCAGAUAAGCCAGUCCCCUGCCUUGAACCAGCUGACAUCCCUCUACGUGGGAAGGACUCACUCUCUGUGGAAGGACCCAGCUGUCAUGGCGUGGCUGGAGACCAGCGUGCACGAGGUCUUGCGCAUGGUGGACGCCCAGGACCCGCUGGUGGAGGAGUCCGAGUACAAGAGGAAGAUGCGGUACCAGAGCGCACCCAGGAACAUCUACCGGCACGUCAUCCUCUCGGACAUGAAGGAGGCCACGGCAGCACUGCCUCUGGAGGUGACCUCGCAGCCUGUGAUGGGGUUUGACCCUUUACCUCCCUUGGACUCCAUCGUUUCCUACACCAGACCAGAGAGGACGCAGCAGCCGCCCAACGAAAGCACUUUAUCCCUCUUCUUCCGCUCGCUCUUGCCAAACUUUAACCUGCAGGGGGACAUCAGGCACGACAGGGAUGAAGAGGCUGGAGCAGGGCAGGACCUUAACCAGGGGGUGAACAGGCUCAUGGCAGCCAUGCGGGACAUGCUGGCCAACAUCCAGUUCCAGGAACCCCCCCGAGAUGACAAUCCUGAUGGUGAGGGGGACUGGGACUGAGAGUGUUUGUGUCCCCCCAGCCCUGUGUAACCGCCCCCCGAUGCGUCUCGCACUCCAAUAAAGUCUCACAAACCCC